AUGCAAAUACAAUCGAGCGUACUCUCAUUCCUUUUCGCCGGCCUUGUCACCGCAACAGGCUUUGACUGCGCACAUAUCAACGCAGGCGGAAUCAAAUAUGACCUGAGUCCGCUUGGUGGAGUGCAUUCGUUAUACCACAUCGAGGAGACGGAGGAUUAUGUCGUCAACACCACCUACGUGCUGAACAUUUGCAAUAUCCUGAAGGGGGCGGCUAUUCGGGGGAACUUGAAGUGUGGGACGUCGAAGAACAUCUGCGGAUUCGAAUACAGAAACGCCGUCGACGGCUCCGACAGCGAAACGAAAGCCUUCCCCAUCGUCGGUCUCGACCACCUCGGACAUGGCGCCAAAGACCCCGAGAUCACACGGCUGAAGCAACUUGAUCCCGACCGCGAAGGACUGAGUGUGCGACUGGGUGGAGGCCAGUAUCUCGACAACGAAAAGGCCAAGAAGGAUGCUGGUGCGAUGAUCGAAUUCCAGUGCGACCCCACCAGGUCCGGUUUAGAGGGCCUUUCGACAGAGGAGGACACAGCUGAGGAACAGCUACGGGCGACGGAAGACGGAGACGGCCAGACUGGUGAUAAAUCGCGCAGUCUCCAGUUUAAGAGCUUCGCACCAGCAGAUGACAACUCCUACGUGCUGAAACUGGACUGGAAGACCCGGUAUGCGUGUGACGACUACCUGAGUAGCAAGAAGGACGGGUCUUCCAGUCAUUGGGGAUUCUUCACCUGGUUCAUUGUCAUCCUCUUCCUUUGCAUCUCCGCGUACCUCAUCUUCGGCUCUUGGCUCAACUACAACCGCUACGGUGCUCGGGGAUGGGAUCUGCUUCCGCAUGGUGACACGAUUCGGGACGUGCCGUAUAUACUCCAGGAUUGGUUCCGACGGGUGGUGAACACUCUUCAAGGGACGGGUUCUAGGAGUGGAUAUAGUGCUGUGUAG